GCGCGACUCGCCUCUCUCCACAAAGUCCGAAUCCUGGGUAGAGUAGGCAGCGGAAAGGCAGUCGCCGUGCGGGCGUUUUAGUGCCUGGUGUGCGAUGUGUUACAACCACAUAUCAACAAUAUUAAAGGUAAACCGUGUAAGAACAAUAACAACAGCAGCAAGAGCAGAAACGGAGAAAGAGUGAACGUUAAGCGUCCUGUGAACUUCACGUACGCAUAAAGACAAUGUGAUUCCAGCACCAAACAUAUCCAAGGAAUGUCUUUAGCCGCACCAGUGGAUCCAUCGGUGUGAACAAUGCUUCUGCAGGCCUCGCAACAAACGGAGGGAGCCGUCGCAACGGCGCCGCCAGAGACCGUGCGUCCGCAGGGCGGUGGCGGCAGAGAUGCCGAAAUGAAGACGCUCGUCCUAGACUACGCCCCUGUACCGGGAUGGACGGUACACGUUACCAAUGAAGGAAGACUAUACUAUUGCAACCACGUAACACGGACGGCCGGAUGGCUGCCGCCAGCCGAAGCUUGGAAGUCCGACGAGGAUUCUCUUCCGUACGGCUGGGAGAGGGCCGUCGACGAUUCCGGAAGAUCAUACUAUGUGAACCAUGUGAAUAAGACAACAACAUACGAGACCCCGGUGGUGAAAUCAUCUAUGCCCGUGGAAGUGCCGGAGCCCCGGGUAGUGGUACUUGAGAGGUCACCUUCGCUUGGUUUCGGUUUCGUAGCCGGCUCAGAGAAGCCCGUUAUAGUUCGUUUCGUGACAGAAGGAGGACCUAGCGUGGAUAAGCUUCUACCAGGUGAUCAAAUAAUCUCUGUGAAUGGUGAAGACGUGAAGCUGGCACCAAGAGAACACGUAAUAUCUCUGGUCCGUGCGUGUCCAUCCAGCGUCAGCCUGGUGGUCUGUCAGCCCUCAGAACAGCGGGGCGCAAGGAAGUCGACCCUGCUGUCGGCGAGCAAAAGGGCAAGGCUCAGGUCAAAGCCGAGUCGUGUGAGGUUCGCUGAGAGCGUCUGCGUCAAUGGAGCGCCACUCUUUCCUCCGUCAGCCUUCUCGCUGGGCGACCUCUGCGUGCCACCGAUGGCCAACGUCCUCAAGGUCUUUCUGGAGAACGGGCAAACCAAGUCUUUCAAGUACGACGCAUGGACUACCGUUCAGGAUGUCGUCGAAUCGUUGCAGACAAAACUAUGCCUUAACGCCACCGAGCAUUUUAGCCUUGUCGUUGAACAUAUCAAAUCGUUGAAGAGGAACAAGCUCACCCUUCUCGAUCCAUCCGACACUCUGGCAAGGAUUGCUUCAAGGCCGGGCGCCCACAAGUUGCGAUGUCUGUACAGGAUAGCCUUUGUACCGACGUCCGCUGCUUCUUUGGCCCAGCAGGACUUGGCAGCCCUCGACUAUCUUUUUACUCAAUGCUGUAACGACGUUAUCCAGGAGAGGUUCGCGCCCGAGUUGCAGUACGAUACAGCCUUAAAGCUGGCGGCUCUGCACGUCUAUCAGCAUGCUCUCGCCAAUAACAUGCAAGCUGCUAAAUUGACCGUUAAAGUCGUAGAGAAGGAGUUUGGUUUGGAGCGUUUUGUACCCGCCUCGUUGCUGGAGAAGAUGAAGCGUAAAGAAGUGCGAAAACUGGUGGCACAUUUCCUGAAGAUGCACGCCAGCAUGGCUGGACCUGGCAAACAGUUGACAGCUCUUCAGGCUAAGUUGCAUUAUUUGGAUUUAGUGAACCAGCUACCAAGUUAUGGAGCCAAGUGUUUCUCGGCGGGUCCUCGCGCAGAUUCGAUGGAACGCGUCAUCCUUGUCAGUCCGAAAUUCGGGAUCAGUCAGAUAAUGGGCUCCAGAAAUUCGGUGCCAGCACCGAUCGCCAAUAUCGAAGACAUGACGAAAAUUGAAGUGAGAAUCGAGGAUGAGCUUAGUAGAGCGGUCAGUAUUAAGUUGAAGGAUGAAGGCAGCAUUAACAUUUCUCUGGAAGAACGGGAUGCUAAUGAGUUAGUUCUUGUAUUAUGUGGUUAUUACCGUUUGGCUACUGGAAUGCCUCUGUCCGUCGACAAGGAAGAGCUGGAAGUUGUUGAAGAUUUGGCUCCUCCUUAUCUAUCACAGCAUAAGGUAAUUCCGGAAAAGUGGAGUUAUACUAACCAGCAACAGGUGAAGACUAUUUGCUUUGCGUCAAGACCAACAUACCAGGGCGUUAGUCGGAAGACUAACGGCCUGUACAACACGAUGGGCAGGCAGAGUAAACUGAUCACUGGCCUAGACAGCAAUAUGAACUCUUCUAUAGUAAACAAGAACCAUUCUUUGGAUAUAUUCAAUAGUAGAAACGAAGAUGAUGAGGUAAUUAAAGAAAUGGAGAAAAUGGUAGAGGAUUCCGAGAAGUAUCUGCAACAGGAGUGGCUAGAAACCAGCGUGGAUAUUGAAAGCGACUCGGAGAGUCCCAAUGGUCUGCAUCACAGCGAUUCUUUGUUACUUUUGAACAAAGAGGCGAAGAACGGAAGAAAUUCGUUUACGAAUGCCGCUAUUGAGAUGCUGCGUUCAGAAAUCAACUGUUCCGAGAGCGACACGGACAGCGUGUAUAGUCCGCAUAAUUCUCCUAAGCACAGCGAGGCAGUCAACAGGAAUGUGCGCAUCAGCUUCGGUCUGCAUAGUCCCAACUCUAACGGGUCAUCUAGUGAGACAAACUCGGAGAACUUAAGAGAUUAUCUGGAGAAACUGAAGGAGAGUAAGAGUGAUUUAAGCGAUUUAUACGUUUUCGAGGAUAUUAUCGACCUGACGAUGCUGCCGCCUCCGGCGACACCUGAUGAACUUGACGCGACUCAGGCACCACCGACGCCGAUCAACUUACCUCCGAUCACUUUUGCUGAUUCCAUCGAGAAGCUGAAUCGACUAGGCGUGCUCCAUGAGAAUCUUGACCUGGAGGAGUUCCUGGCAAGCGUGACGGUGCCUCCGCCCACUCAGAAGGUCACACCUGCUGUGGAGCUCACACCGGAGGAGAUAAUGUCCUAUAUCAUACCACCUCCUCCGGAACCCGAGUCUAACAACGUCAUCGAGUACGCUACGAUCAAUAGGAAAGGAGCAUUCUCUUGUUGCUCAAAGGGCACCAAAGAGGAACCGGCCUUGCAGUUAUCUCCGAGAAGGUCAUCAGAUCACAAACCGCCAGAAAGACCGCCGAAGAAUAUUACGGUCGAAAGACAGCGGUCGCAAUCCUUGACGUCUUCAUGUCGUGCAGCUGAGUUUCCUCCGAAGUUACCGCCGCGCGACGAUCCAAGCCACCAUCAACCACCGCCUCAUUUAUUCCUUCCACCAAAGAAACCGCCGUUACCUCCAGUGCCACCGCUGGAGGUGCUUCGCAGCCGCAAGACCAGCGCGCCCGCUCCGAAGACUGCAGGAAUUGGAUCACCGCAUCUGCAAAGGAGCAAGUUCAGCGGCGAACAAAGCACUGCAAUCAGUACACCGACAUCGCCGUACUUAGGACGGGGCGUUCAGUUUAGUACCGUCCCCAUAGACUAUGUUAACAAGGUAGUGGGCCAGCAACAGCAGCAGCAACACACUCGCAGCCAGUCGGAAUCCUCCGCGUCUGGCAGUAGUCCAUUCCGUAGGAAUGGUAGUUGUAGCUCAUCGCCGGUUCGAAAUGGCUGCAUGUCCAGUAGGGAGAAUCUUCUGGCGAAAACGGACGUGGCAAUGGCCAGUUUGUUAGUACGUUUAGACCAGGUUGCAGCACAGUGUACUGCAGCUCAAAUCCAUGGAGGCGGUAGACUUAUGUCUGAAGAUAAAUUUCAGGUAGCUAAAGAAGAAUUGACAGCACAAUCGUUACAGUUGGUCCAUUCAAGCAAGAUGCUGGUAAUCGCCAUGUCCGACCAACCAAACCUACCAGAUCUACCCGAACAUCUAGCAAUCUGUUUGACCAUCCUCAGGCGUCUCACCGAACUCUGCUCAGACUUAGGUAACCACACGACGGCACCCCUGCAGACGCGCAACCUCAUCCUCAAAGUCCACGAUGUUACGGCCGCCUUCCGUCACCUCAUCAACUCCAACAUUGAUCGCACCUCUUCGGUCACGAUCGAAGAACACUUGGCCGCUGAAGCCGAGACCCUCGCCAACGUCCUCACCACCUUGCUAAGAAGUCUCCGCGUCUUUUCACCCUAGUGCAAUAAUUAUAAAUCAACAAAUAAAUAAAUUGGAGCCAUUUCCGUAGGCUCCACCUCUAGUCGCAUUCACUUUUCAAUUCCGUUAAAAGCCCGGAAGCUUGUAACACAUUCAACAGAUGCGAUCCGGAAGUGCAGUAUUUGCAAGAAACAUUAUAUUACUGGUUUAUUUUGUUGUAAUGACCUACCCCCCCUCCCCCUUGGUUUUUGUUAAGUACAUAUAGAUUUGACCAAAUAAUUACUAAUAAUAUUGAUACGGAAAACAAAGUCUGAAUUGUGUAUUAUAAAUGUAAUGAUAUUGAUUAUAAUGAUGAUGAUGAUGUAAUUGUAUUCAGAGUUCGCAGCCGGGAUUCCUUCGAGCCCGGCUCCGCCUUAACAUGUACGGCAAAUAAUCUAUAUAUAAUAAUAAUUAUCGAUGUGAUAAUGUUUCCUCAAAUCAUUCACGUCACUCGAACAGGGAAGAUUCGAUUCUGCGAAGACGACGAUGAUGGUUAUAUUAAUUGUAAUUAGAAAACAAAAAAGUGUAUAUCUAUCUAUUAUAUAUAUAUACAUGUAUAUUAUGUAUAUUUCGUUUACUUUUCGAAAGUACAAUAGACGCAAGGAUUGGAAAUACCAAUGAGUUACCACGAUAUUACGUUACAUUUUUUUUACGUUUUGUUGAAUUUUAUUUUUUACCAAUGAUUUAAACGAUUGAAGUGGGAUUUAAUCCGAUUCGUUUUCGAAUGGAAAUGUUAAAUUUGUUUGUUAGUCAUUUAUAGAUAUUUAUAAUGUAAUAUAUUAUAUACUGAAAAAAAAAGUGAAACACUAAUAAUGAUAAUAUUGAGAGAUGUUUUUAACAGUUGUUACAUUUACAAGUUUUUCGUUUCAUUAUUUCGUUUAGCUGAUAUCAUUAUGGUUGCCUUUAGAUUUGUGUAUUGUGUACACCGUAUUUAUUAAUUAGUUAUUGUUUACGUUUCGUUAAGUUUCAUGUUUGGCCGUUUGAUUACUUUUUUUUUCACAUUCUCCAACCAAAUACUUUACGGCUCACAGCUGCGGCAGUUCGGAUGAUACUCGAUACUCACUUAAAAGACUAAAAAAUCAUCUGGAAUAUUCUAUAUCGUUAUAAUAACAUAUCUUCGAUGUCAUACAAUAAUGGGAUGAUGUAAUAAAUGAACAAAUAACUGUAUUAACAAUGAA